UCUAAUCUACCUUUUGGCACAAGAGGGAAAAAAAAAAAACAAAACCAAACAACAAUGGCUGCCAUGAAAUCUUUGUUCAUCAACAAAACCCCAUUAAAUCAACCUCAAUCUCAUGUUUUAUACAAACCCCACCUCACCAAUGUUUCAUCUGUAUCAUACAAACAAAACCCAGUUCGGGUUUCGGGUCGGGUCAGAUGUGGGUUGAUUGAGCCAGAUGGUGGGAAGUUAGUUGAAUUAGUAGUGAAAGAAUCAUUAAGAGAUGUUAAGAAAAAAGAAGCAAAUGAAAUGGUGAAAAUAAAGUUGUCAAGAAUAGAUGUUGAAUGGGUACAUGUGCUUAGCGAAGGCUGGGCGAGUCCAUUGACCGGGUUCAUGAGAGAAUCCGAGUUCCUCCAAACUCUUCAUUUUAACUCACUCCGAUUAGGAGAUGGGUCAGUUGUUAAUAUGUCUUUGCCUAUUGUUUUGGAUAUCGAUGAUGCCCAAAAAGACAGGAUUUCGGGUUCGAAUUCGGUUGCCCUUAUCGAUUCUAAUGAUAACCCUGUUGCCAUUUUGAACAACAUUGAGAUCUACAAGCACAACAAAGAAGAACGAAUUGCAAGAACUUGGGGUACAACUGCCCCUGGUCUUCCUUAUGUUGAAGAAGCCAUAACUAGUGCUGGAGAUUGGCUUAUUGGCGGUGAUCUUGAAGUUAUUGAACCAAUCAAGUAUCAUGAUGGUCUUGAUCGUUAUAGACUUUCCCCUUCAGAACUUCGUGCAGAGUUUGAAAAGAGAAAUGCUGAUGCAGUGUUUGCUUUCCAGCUCAGGAAUCCAGUACACAAUGGUCAUGCUCUUUUGAUGACUGACACUAGGCGUCGGCUUCUUGAAAUGGGUUAUAAGAACCCUGUUCUUUUGCUCCAUCCACUUGGGGGAUUCACGAAGGCAGAUGAUGUUCCACUUAGUUGGAGAAUGAAGCAGCAUGAGAAGGUGCUUGAGGACGGUGUUCUUGAUCCAGAAAACACAGUGGUAUCUAUAUUCCCAUCUCCAAUGCACUAUGCUGGCCCAACUGAGGUGCAAUGGCAUGCCAAAGCUCGGAUCAAUGCUGGUGCCAACUUUUACAUAGUGGGCCGUGAUCCAGCUGGCAUGGGUCAUCCAACCGAGAAAAGAGAUUUAUAUGAUGCUGACCAUGGCAAGAAAGUACUUAGCAUGGCACCUGGACUUGAACGCUUAAACAUUCUUCCGUUCAAGGUGGCAGCGUAUGACAAAAAACAGCAGAAAAUGGAAUUCUUUGAUCCCUCCAGAGCUCAGGAUUUCCUCUUCAUUUCGGGUACCAAGAUGCGAACGCUUGCAAAGAACAAAGAAAAUCCACCAGAUGGGUUCAUGUGCCCUGGUGGCUGGGAAGUAUUAGUUGAAUACUAUGAUAGUUUGGCUGCAAAUGACACGGGUAGAAUCCCUCAACCCAUCCCAGCUUGAUCUGCCGACAUGUCAUGAACCAGAACAGAUGAGAACGCGGAAGUCUCUGAAACCAAAAUGUGUUCCAUCUUCCAUGGCCAAGAUUUUUGAAUUUUGGCUUGUUUGAAACAUCAAUGUUUAAAAUGUAUGGUAUGCAGUGUGGAUUGUUUUUGGUAAGAUUAAGACUGCUACUUAUCUGAAUAAGUUGAGGCGUUGCUAUUGCCUCCAUGUAAAAAGUCAUGUGCUCGAUCUGUGCACAUUGUAACAUAUUGUAUUUUUGCUUUUGAUGCAGUAUAUACUUCUCAGGUUUGAAAGA